UUCCACACCAAACGACCACCGUCGGAGUCCAAUUCGAAAUCGCCACCUCACACUCCAUCUUCGUGGAAGAAGCAAACUCCUCUUGCAGUCGGCACCUUCGCUAUGAUCGAUAAAGAGUUAAAGACGUUACAAUUAUAGUUGAACAAGAUUACUUUAAAGAACUAGCCAAUAAUACACAGAGAUUCAAUUCAUUUUUUUUUUUAAAUUUUAUUUUUUUAUAAAUAACAAAAAUGACUUUAUUUUUUUAUCAUUUUAAAGUUAAUUUAAGAACGAACAAAAAACGCAAUAGGGCCGUGUGCGGUUUCGUGGUCUCAAUCGAGCUUAUUUUUUUAGAGACUGUUCAUCUAAUAACGGAAUUCAAAACCCUUCUCAAACCCUAGAUUUUUUUUUUGGGGUUUGGUCUUUCUAUUUUUUUUUUUUUGGGGGUUUUGAGAUCAGAGAAAGUUCCUUUUUUUUUUUUGUGGUUUUUUGGUUUUUGGCUCAUAGGUUUUGAAUCUGUAGAGGAAUGGGAAGUAGGAAGGAAGAAGAACGCAACGAGAAGAUUAUUAGAGGUCUCAUGAAGUUGCCACCUAAUCGUCGCUGCAUCAACUGCAAUAGCUUGGGUCCGCAGUAUGUUUGCACUAAUUUCUGGACUUUCAUUUGUAUGACUUGUAGUGGGAUUCAUCGGGAGUUCACUCAUCGUGUAAAGUCUGUAUCAAUGUCCAAGUUCACGUCUCAAGAAGUUGAAGCGCUUCAAAAUGGUGGUAAUCAGCGUGCAAGGGAAAUAUACUUGAGGGAUUGGGACCAACAAAGGCAGAGAUUGCCUGAUAACAGCAAUGUUGACAAAGUACGAGAAUUUAUAAAGACUGUAUAUGUUGAUAAAAGAUAUGCUGGCGGAAAGACCCUUGACAAGCCUCCGAGAGAUUUGCAGAGACAUAGAAACCAUGAAGAUGAGACUAGGCGUGCAAGCUCAUAUCAUUCAUAUUCUCAAAGUCCUCCUUAUGACUUCCAGUAUGAAGAUCGGCGUUACGGAAAGCAAACUGCUGUUCUCACACGGAAACCUGGUUCAGAUAGAGGCCUUUAUGUCGGGAAGAUGUCUAGUUUUAUUUGCAGUCCUACCCGCUUAAAUGAAAAAAUGUUUGAGGACAGGUUUGCUAAUGAGGGCUCUGUUUCUAGGAUUUCAGACUAUUCUGUAUCUAGUGGGGGUGAUCCAAGCAGUGCAGAGUCCCCAAAUUUUCAGAAGGAUAUCGGCUAUGUCAGUCCACCCAUUCAGACUCCAAGGAAUAAUUCAAAUGAAAUUGCACAUAAUCAAAUUAUAGAUCUAUUUUCAGAGGAAAACUUUAAAAGAGAUGCAGAAGGGUUUCCGCGUAGACAGAGCACUGCAUCUUUAGGAAGUGUUGGAUCAUUUGAUAGCAAUUCCACAUCUUUCAAGUCCUAUAAUUCUGGUAAUUUACCAGAUGCUGUCACAGAACCUGAGUGUGCUAAUGGGGUUCAACAAAACAGUAGAAUGCCCACUUUCCCAGAGUCAGUAUCAACUCCUAAGAGUUGUGAUAGCUUGGAUCAUUUUAAGGCACCCGUCGUUGCAGAAUCAGAUGCUUCUGGAUCUUCACCAAUUGAUUUGUUUCAAUUGCCAACAGCAUCACCAGCAUCAUCUAUCAAUCUGUUUCAGGCACCACUGGACCCAGCUCUAUCUUUGAAUGCAAAUCAAACUAACCAAACUUCUCUUCCCUCUUCCACUGAUCUCUUCGGUGGGAUUUUUCAGCAGCAAUCAGUUACUAAUCCAGAUUCAUCAGUCCCUAAAAACGAAGGGUGGGCUACUUUUGAUACUCAGCCAAUAGCAUUCACUCCAGGGACCGGAAAUCUUACACCUUCAGAAAUACCUUCAAGUGUAGGUACUUUGGCAAAUUUUGACCAGGUUUCAUCCUUAGGUACAGGUGUGCAGUGGCCACCAUUUCAGAACUCAAUUGCCCAAGGGUCAUCAUUGAUGCCUAGUCCCUGGGACAAUGAUUUGCACAAUCUUCAAGCUUCUGUUAACACAGUUAGUACUCAGACAUGGAAUGCUUUUGACAAUUCUAUUACUCAGCUUCCUUUAGAGGGCAGAAAUGAAGGUAGUCUACCACGAGUAGCAACUCACAUGCCUUCAUCAACUGCUAACCCAUAUUCAGGAUUGAAGGUUUCGGAGGAGCCUAGUAAAGAUGGGAUUCAAAGAGCUGCUCUGUGUGAAGGGCUUUCUGGUCUGAAUGGACCGUUGGGCAUUGUUCUGGAGCCAUCAUAUACCCCUUCAGUGAAUCCUAUGAUGGAAGCCCCUCAACCACAGGCAAUCAAUCAUAAAUCAACUAAUCCAUUUGAUCUUCCAUAUGAUUCUGAUUUGGAGCCCAGUAUGUUCUUGGAAAUGAGCUCAUUGCAAACCACACUUCCUAAUGAUCACUUGCCAGCAACCUUCCUUGGCGGUGUGUCUGAACCAUGGUUUCCUCAAGAUCCAGCAACAACUUAUAUUCCAGCUGCACCACAAGGUAGCUUGGCAUAUAUGGCAGGACAGGCACCAAGCCCUCAAUUAGCAAACGGGCAAACGCAAGGACCUCUUGCUUCUGUUGGUGGGAAUCCAUUUGCUUAAAGGAUUCAGCAAGUAAAAUAACAUUAAUUGUUUUAUUAUUUUGGCUCAUCGUAGAAGUUUUAAAGGACUAAUUGUAGGCAGUCGUUUGUGUAGCACCAGAGUUAUCACCAUUUAUCACUAUUUUCAUUGUUUUCAUAGUGUAAUCAUUUGUGUUUAUAUUCUUUAUGAAAAAUAAAACCUUAUUAUUUCUAUCUCGCUGUUAGUUUGUAAGGCCUCAAAAUUAGUUUCACGUUCAAGGCCUUGUCUUUGUAUCUGAAUCAUAUUGUAACAUCGGUUGUGUAUUAUUGAAUGUAGCUGCAAAAAUUGGAAGUAA